UGGUGAGUGAGCGUGAGCACCCGCUACCGUAGAUUUGCAACUGUGCGUAGAGAGGGGGAGCGCGCCAGAGAGAGAGCGCAAGGGAGUGAGGGAGCGAGUGCCAGGGGACCUAGAGGAGAGAGGGAAAGAAAGUGAGGGCCCAAAGACCUACUAUUUGAGAGGGAAUGACCAUGGCUGUUUCCGCAUCCCCCGUGAUCUCUGCAACUUCCAGCGGCACCGGAGUCCCGGGAGGCUUAUUUGGGGCUGAACCCCUGUACUCGACUCCGGGAGAGCCUCCUCGGCUCACCCCCAAGAUGAUCAACAGUUUCAUGGCCAAUAACCACAGCGGCAGCGCGGGAGUUGGCGGGGUUGGCAGUGGCGGUGGCGGCAGCGGCAGCACUAACGAAUGCCGGAUGGUCGACAUGCACGGGGUGAAGGUGGCUUCGUUCUUGAUGGACGGCCAAGAACUGAUCUGCCUGCCUCAAGUUUUUGAUCUCUUCCUCAAGCACCUGGUGGGAGGGUUACACACGGUGUACACGAAGCUGAAGAGACUGGACAUAUCCCCUGUGGUAUGUACUGUUGAGCAGGUCCGGAUCCUCCGCGGGCUGGGGGCCAUUCAACCCGGGGUGAACCGCUGCAAACUCAUCACCAGGAAAGACUUCGAAACUUUGUUCACUGACUGCACCAAUGCCAGUUCAAGGCCUGGGAGGCCUCCCAAGCGUUCUUUGGGAGUGUUGCAGGAAAGUGCUCGCCUUCUGCCCCAUUCAGUCCCAGGCCUCUUAUCACCAGGACUUAUCACUCCGACAGGUAUAACAGCUGCUGCAAUGGCUGAGGCAAUGAAGUUGCAGAAAAUGAAGCUUGCGGCUAUGAACACACUUCAGGGAAAUGGAAGCCAAAAUGGGACUGAAUCAGACCCUGAUGAUCUCACUUCUAACACAGGUGGAAGUGAAUCCUCCUGGGAUAAGGAUAAGAUGCAGUCACCUCCAGCUCCUGUACCCCAACAUGGAAUUGUUCAUGCGGCCCUGGCUAGCCAACCAGGCCUUGGGGGUGCUCCUACCCUCAAUCCACUGCAGCAGAACCACCUACUAACUAAUAGACUGGAUCUGCCAUUUAUGAUGAUGCCUCAUCCCCUACUUCCAGUCAGCUUACCUCCCGCAUCGGUUGCCAUGGCAAUGAAUCAGAUGAACCAUCUCAAUACUAUUGCCAACAUGGCUGCUGCAGCCCAGAUUCACAGUCCACUCUCCAGAGCUGGGGCCUCUGUUAUAAAGGAACGGAUCCAGGAGAGUCCUUCUCCUGCUCCCUCUCUUGAAGAAAGUCAUCGCUCUGGGAGCCAGACUUCCUCCCAUCCCAGCAGCAGCGUUUCAAGCUCACCUUCUCAAAUGGAACAUCAUUCUGAGAGAAUGGAAGAGGCACCUAUUCAAAUCCCAAUGAUGAAAUCACCCUUGGACAAGAUCCAGCUGACUCCUGGGCAGGCAUUGCCUCCUGGAUUCCCAGGACCAUUCAUUUUUGCUGAUAGUCUGUCCUCUGUGGAGACUCUGUUGACCAACAUUCAGGGUCUACUGAAGGUGGCUUUGGAUAAUGCACGCAUCCAGGAAAAACAGAUUCAGCAAGAAAAAAAGGAACUGCGAAUGGAGCUCUAUAGAGAAAGAGAAAUUAGAGAAAAUCUUGAAAGACAACUUGCUGUUGAGCUGCAGAGCAGAACUACCAUGCAAAAACGCCUGAAGAAGGAGAAAAAAGCCAAGAGAAAACUGCAGGAAGCCUUGGAAUUUGAAUCAAAGCGCCGGGAGCAGGUUGAGCAAGCACUUAAGCAAGCCACAACUGGUGAGAGUGGCCUGAGGAUGUUAAAAGAUGCCAGAAUUGCAGAUAAUGAAAUAGAAAACAGUGGGACUCCUCAUGAUAGUACUGCUAUGCAAGCCUGAACACUGAUGCCGGAACUCCAACUGAUCAUAGGCACGAAUAGGGAGGUAACUAUUACUGUUUAGCAAUGGCCCAACAGUUUUAUUCAGCCUGAAAGGUCCUCGCUGGCUUUACAUAAAUGAAGAUGCUUGUGAUUCCAGUUUAUCUCUGAAACUAUUCAACAUGGAGUAAUUUCAAUUGUGUUUAUCAGCAAAGCUUUGUUUUCUGAAGCAGCUAUUCAAUCUACAUUACAUUUUUUAAAAAAUGAAAUGUGUGUAAAUUUUAAAUGAUGUAAACUUUAUCCUCACAUUAGACUGACAAGUUUAAGAAUAUGAGCUAAAUCUUAAUGGCUAAAGUAACUUGACCAUAUCUGAUGAUUUUCUAUGCUCACUUCAGCUUGACUUUUUGUCUUUUAAGGGGAGAAAAAAUGCAGUAGUGUUUUAGAGACUAGAAGCUUAUAUGUAUGGUUUUUCUGUUUCACAACAUAUUAAGUUAAAGCACAUCUUCUUUGUUAAAAAUGUACUUGCUAAAUUUCAGUAUAAAUAAAGCAUUUGACUUUG